CACACCUCCUCCCACUCGCCUAAUGUAAGAUGUCGUUGUUCACAGACUGACCUGACUAACUGUGGAUGCAAUGUCACCGGGAAUUACUCAGGUCGCGUCCUCCAGGUGACAGGUGGCUACACAGGUGAUGCGCUCAAAGUCGUGGCGCAGAGGUACCAGCAUGUGGGGGGCGUUGGAUCAGCUGAGGAGUUGGUGAGCGUAGCGUGGCACCCCGAGGAAGAGAUGCUGUUCAUGGCGGCUCCCAGGACCACCCUCAGCCUGGCCAGCGGGCAUGAGGGCCAGGCGGGGCAGUGGUGGCGGCUGUGGUUGAGAGGCGGUGAGGAAGAGCGCGGCAAGCCCUCCAGUGGUGACCCCGCGCCGCCUCAGCUUGACCAAGAGCGAGACGCAGCCGGAACCGAGGCAGGACGGGGCGUGGUGGUGCGCACUCAGUUCUCUGAAUCCAUCUUUGGCGUAUCUGUGGACUCGCUGAUGCCGGGGAAGCGUCGGCGUCUCCUGAACCUCACCGUCACGCCACACACUGGAGAACACUGGCAGGUGAGCCUACAUGUGCCAAUUAUCUCUACAGCCCUCGAGUGGGAGACGAAGCUCUGGAAAAAUCAGGGCAAGCAACAUUGGGAAGUUAAUGGGGAAGUCAAGUCUACCAAAUCUGACAUAUCGUUAGAAUUCGUUCACUUCAAGCAGGAGAAGCAGGACGAGGAGACUCAGGUCACGGAUGACAGAGGUGAGGCUGGCAGGUGUGAUGCUGAAGGUUGUGGGGACGGCAAUGUCAAGGAGCCAAAAGCCAAGUCGCGGCACCACGUCGACAGUGAUUGCGACUCAGAUUUAAGAAAAGAACAGACAGUAGACCAGAAUGAAGUUUGUAGUGGUCGAGAUCAUAAAUCAGAAGACUUAAAGCAAAAUGAUCCUGAUUCCAUAAUGGUAAAUGUAGACGAAGAAUGUUCCAGGAAAGCGGAGUGUGAUGGACCGGAAGAGUCAGUGUCAAGUGACGCUGUUCAAGAGACUACACAAAAAUUAACUUCCCGGGUUUUCAGCCUUUCUUCCAACAUGAAGACUUACGUCUCAUCUGACGGAGGACGCUGGAUUCGGAUCCUGCAGCGCACACACCUGGCAUUCUGUCCUCGCCUUGGCUGGAACUUGAACCGUGCGGCGUUGAUGCUGGUAACAGUGGUGGGGAUCCCGGCACACAGCCAGCAGGCAUCGGCAGCAUCCUUCCGCCUGGUCACCGCUUACACGUUAAACCGAACUGAUGACUCCACUCAAACAUUUCUCAGAGUGGGGACCUCUCCCUCCACCCGGUCCCUUACCUUGGCUCUGCAGACUGACCUGACUAACUGUGGAUGCAAUGUCACCGGGAAUUACUCAGGUCGCGUCCUCCAGGUGACAGGUGGCUACACAGGUGAUGCGCUCAAAGUCGUGGCGCAGAGGUACCAGCAUGUGGGGGGCGUUGGAUCAGCUGAGGAGUUGGUGAGCGUAGCGUGGCACCCCGAGGAAGAGAUGCUGUUCAUGGCGGCUCCCAGGACCACCCUCAGCCUGGCCAGCGGGCAUGAGGGCCAGGCGGGGCAGUGGUGGCGGCUGUGGUUGAGAGGCGGUGAGGAAGAGCGCGGCAAGGCCUCCAGUGGUGACCCCGCGCCGCCUCAGCUUGACCAAGAGCGAGACGCAGCCGGAACCGAGGCAGGACGGGGCGUGGUGGUGCGCACUCAGUUCUCUGAAUCCAUCUUUGGCGUAUCUGUGGACUCGCUGAUGCCGGGGAAGCGUCGGCGUCUCCUGAACCUCACCGUCACGCCACACACUGGAGAACACUGGCAGGUGAGCCUACAUGUGCCAAUUAUCUCUACAGCCCUCGAGUGGGAGACGAAGCUCUGGAAAAAUCAGGGCAAGCAACAUUGGGAAGUUAAUGGGGAAGUCAAGUCUACCAAAUCUGACAUAUCGUUAGAAUUCGUUCACUUCAAGCAGGAGAAGCAGGACGAGGAGACUCAGGUCACGGAUGACAGAGGUGAGGCUGGCAGGUGUGAUGCUGAAGGUUGUGGGGACGGCAAUGUCAAGGAGCCAAAAGCCAAGUCGCGGCACCACGUCGACAGUGAUUGCGACUCAGAUUUAAGAAAAGAACAGACAGUAGACCAGAAUGAAGUUUGUAGUGGUCGAGAUCAUAAAUCAGAAGACUUAAAGCAAAAUGAUCCUGAUUCCAUAAUGGUAAAUGUAGACGAAGAAUGUUCCAGGAAAGCGGAGUGUGAUGGACCGGAAGAGUCAGUGUCAAGUGACGCUGUUCAAGAGACUACACAAAAAUUAACUUCCCGGGUUUUCAGCCUUUCUUCCAACAUGAAGACUUACGUCUCAUCUGACGGAGGACGCUGGAUUCGGAUCCUGCAGCGCACACACCUGGCAUUCUGUCCUCGCCUUGGCUGGAACUUGAACCAAAUAUUUCGGUUCAAUCGUGACUGGACUGGGUGGGAGUACGUGGUGAACACCUGGGAGUGGGGCAACAUGGUGGUGAAGGCGGAGUGGGGCGUCUCUCUCCUGCAGUGGUACCAGAAAACUUUCAGCUUCUCUUUCGACCAGGCGGCGGCGCUCCCCUCCACGCAGCUGGUCCUGGAUUUCCGUGACUGGUGGAGCUACAAGGUGUGGCUGAAGUGGCCGGUCCUCGCGUCCUCCCUCGCCGCUUCCCUCACGCUUGGUCGCGACAGUCACACACUGCUGGUGAAGAAAGUGGACGAGUUUCUGGGUGAGGACGCCGGAAAGGUGGUGGCGCGGGUGGUAGCGCGACACACCCCUGCUGGCUUGGUGGUGACCUUCCACGCCGACACCGCCAGCAUGCAGGAGCUCCACGAUACCGUCACUGCCGUCCUUGCUCAGGCCAUGGAGAGCCCUGACCUGUGUGGCGAGGUGCCUGACCACGCCACGCUUCUGAAGUUCCUGCACGACUUCCUUGGACAGUCACCGGCGAGUCUCUGGGCGGAUCUGCUGCAGGAAGUCCGUCGCCUGCUGCUGGGGUCUGGCACCGAGGCAGACUUACAUCACCUGCUGGAAGUUUUCAGGGAGGAAAUGGGGACAGCAGAAGGCGUAGGAUUGUGGGAGGCAGUAUGGACGGUGCUGGAGCGGGCGGGGCUGCUGCGUUCCCGCGGCGAGGAGGUGGAGGUGGUGGUGCCCUCCGAGUGGAUUAGGCUGGCGCAGGGGUGGUUCACUUGGGCUGUCAUGGGAGGCGGCCGGCAGUGCGAAGGCAACACACUGAUGGUUAACCUGGUGGAUGCGCUGGCGGAGACCCUGAGGCGAAGUGGCAGCGGGCAAGCAACCUUUUGACCCACCAGUCAGACAAACUUUUAUGUUCGUUCUGAAGGCAAAUCAAAAGCAGGAAUUUGUUACCAAAACCAUAAAUAAAUGACGUCAUCGUACAUCUGGCAUCCAUUCGUGUAGCUGCUAUACAACACUAUAUUGUUUAUUUAUUUAUUUUUUUACUUUGUGUUGAUUAAUUGCUUGCUUAUUCUUAGAAAAUAUGUAGGCGAUAAUAUCAACAUAAAUUAUAUACAUGUAUUCAUUUCAUUGGGACUAUUCACUCCUGUUGCUACGUUCUCAUGUUCGUUUGUAUUGAAAAAUGUUCCCUUAAUUAUCAAUACACCCAACCAUCAAUAAUUAUUAUAGUAAUAUCAAAAUAAAAUGUUCAUUGUUAAAUACUGGAUCAAAAUAAAGCCAAUCAGGGA